CCAGCAGCCAUGAGAGCUAUUGUGCUUGCUCUGACUGUGGCCUUUGUGGCAAGUCAACAGACCAAGCUUGUUCCAGACUUUGGUGCUGGUAAGACCUAUGUCUACAAGUAUGAAGGUCAGCUUUUGGGCGGUCUGCCCCAGGAGGGUCUGGGCAAGGCUGGUAUAAAAGUCAGCAGCAAGGUUCUCCUCAGGGCUGAAGCACAGAAUACCUUUGUCUUGAAGCUUGCAGACCCUCAGAUCUAUGAGUAUGCUGGGAUCUGGCCUCAGGAUCGUUUUGCUCCUGCUGCUAAGCUCACCGAAGCACUGACAGCUGACCUUGCGACUCCCAUCAAAUUUGAGUAUGCUAAUGGUGCAGUUGGUAAAGUAUUCGCCCCUGCCAGAGUGUCUGCUGCUGCCCUGAACGUGCACAGAGGCGUCCUCACCAUCCUUCAGCUCAACCUCAAGAACACCCAGAAUGUCUAUGAGAUGCAUGAGGCUGGACCUCAUGGAGUCUGUAAGACCCACUAUAUGAUCACUGAAGAGGAAAAGACCCAUGAGAUUACUGUGUUAAAGUCCAAAGACUUGACCAACUGCCAUGAGAGGGUGAUAAAGGAUACCGGUUUUGCUCAUGCUGAGAAGUGUGUUGAAUGCCAGCAGAGGCUUCAGAGUCUGACUGGAACUGCAACCUACAACUACACCAUGAAGCCAACUGAUGCCGGUGUUCAGCUCUCUGAGGCUACAGUUGAUGAGAUCCAUCAGUACUCUCUUUUCAACACAAGAACUGGAGCAGUCCAAAUGAGGGUCAAGCAAACUCUGCAACUAAUGGAAGUGCAGAAUACCCCCAUUGCCCCUGACACUGCUCAGUAUUCAGCUCGUGGGUCUCUGAAGUAUGAAUUUGGUGCUGAGCUUCUCCAAACUCCUAUUCAGCUUCUGGAGAUCAAGGAUGCAGUGGCCCAGACUGCAGAGGUCUUGCAGCAUCUGGCUGCAAACAAUGUGGACAUGGUCCAUGAAGAUGCUCCACUGAAAUUUCUUGAGCUAAUCCAGCUCCUGCGUGCUGCUACUUUUGAGAAUAUUGAGGCCAUUUGGAAUCAGCACAAGACCAAACCUCUUCACAGACAAUGGAUUCUGGAUGCAGCCCCUCUUGCGGGUACACCAGCAGCUUUGAGGUUCAUCAAUGAAAAGUUCCAAGCUGAUGAGUUCAGCGCCCCUGAAUUCACUCGGGCCCUUCUGCUUGGUUUGCACAUGGCCACCGCUGAUCCAGAAGCUAUUCAACAGGCUGCUAGUUUGGCACAGAGUCCCAAAAUUAGUGCCAUGCCAGCGCUGCGCGAGGUGAUCAUGCUUGGCUAUGGUUCCAUGGUUGCCAAAUAUUGUGCUGAAGUUCACACCUGUUCUGCUGAUCACUUGAAGCCUGUCCAUGACAAUGCUGCAGAGGCCAUUGCAAAGGGUGAAAUUUCUGAAAUCAGCCUGGCUCUGAAGGUUCUGGGCAAUGCUGGCCACCCUGCUAGCCUUAAACCCAUCAUGAAGCUUCUGCCUGGAUUUGGAUCUGCUGCUGCAGCCAUGCCCACGAGAGUCCAUGUUGAUGCCAUCUUGGCCCUCAGGAACAUUGCCAAGAAGGAGCCAAAGUUGGUCCAGCCAGUGGCACUGCAGCUUUUCAUGGAUAAGAAUCUUCACCCAGAAGCACGUAUGGUUGCCUGCAUUGUACUGUUUGAGACCAAACCCUCAGUGGCUCUUAUGUCCACUGUUGCUGGUGAAAUAGAGAAAGAGCCCAGGAACGAAGUGGCCAAUUUCGCUUACUCUUACAUCAAGUCUCUGACCAGAAGCACGGCCCCUGAUAUGGUGAAAGUAGCUGCUGCAGCUAAUGUUGCUGUCAGAAUCUUGAGCCCCAAACUGGACAGACAGAGCUACUUUUCCAGCACUGCUUACCACUCGGACCUUUAUGUGUCUCCUCUCAUGGCUGGAGCUGCUGGUACUGCCUUCAUCAUCAAUGAUGCUGCCACCAUUGUGCCCAGAGCAGUUGUGACAAAAGCACGUGCUUACUUGGCUGGAGCUGCUUCUGAUGUUGUAGAGGUUGGUGUCAGAACUGAAGGUCUUCAGGAAGCCCUACAGAGAACUCCAGCUGCAGAUAAGAAUGCUGAUCGCAUUACCAAGAUAAAGCACACCCUGCAAGCACUGAUGAACUGGAAGGCUAUGCCAGCCAGUGAGCCACUGGGUUCCAUUUAUUUCAAAGCCUUUGGACAGGAAAUUGCUUUUACCAACAUUGACAAAACCUUCAUUGACAAUGCCAUUGAGCAGGCAACACAGGCUGCCAAACCACGUGCACAUCAACUGCUGAAGGAGACUGUUAAGGCCUUGCAGGCUGGCAUUUCCUACCAAUUUGCUAAGCCUAUGCUGGGAACUGAGGUGCGUCGCAUCAUUCCCACUGCUGUUGGUGUGCCAAUGGAGCUUGGUAUUUACUCUGCUGCUGUUGUUGCUGCAGCUGUAAACGUUAAAGCCACCGUUACACCCCCUCUACCUGAGAACCUAGAGACUGGCAUUCUUGAUCAGCUGAGGAAGACUGAUAUUGAGUUGCAAGCUGAGGCCAGACCAGGUGUCGCCACACAGACCCUCGCUGUGAUUGGAGUGAACUGGCCCUUGAUUCAGGCUGUUGUCAUGGCCAGAGGAAAGAUUCACACUGUUGCGCCAUUUAAAGUGGCUGCAAGAGCUGACAUCCCAAGGGGCAACAUCAAGGUGCAGAUUCUGCCAGCUGUGGCUCCUGAUCAUGUUGCUACUAUCAGCUUCGACACUGUCGCUGUAGUCCGAAAUUUGGAGGACCACCCUGCUGAUAGAGAAAUAUCCCUGGCACCUGCAGCACCCUCUGGUGCUCAGUCCUUGAUACCUCCUUCCAUUCAGAAGUCCCUGUGUGGUAAAGUCCCUUACUUUCAAGUCAAGGGAUGCAUCGAGGUUGCCUCACGUAAUGCCGGUUUUAUGGGAUACAAUCCUAUUUACUAUGUUGUUGGACAGCACUCGGCUCGUAUUUCAGUGGAAAGAGGUGAUGGUCCUGCUCUUGAACGGGUGGAGUUUGAAGUUUACAUUGCUCCUGAGAAGGCACCCGAGAAGUCUGUUAGGGAAACCAACCCUGCUUUGGGUGAAACUCAAGAAGAAAACAUUAUCCUGUUGAAACUGAGGGAAUACCUGGAGGCUGGGCUGAAAAAAUCCUCAAGCAGCUCUUCAUCGUCCAACAGCACAAGCAGCAGCAGAAGCAGCAGCAGAAGCAGCAGCAGGAGCAGCAGGAGCAGCAGCAGGAGCAGCAGCAGGAGCAGCAGGAGCAGCAGGAGCAGCAGCAGCUCUCAAAGCUCUUCCAGAGCUCGCAUGUCCAGGGGUAAUUUUACAUAUGGCCCAUUUGAGAAAUUCCAUAAGAAUCAGUACUUGGCCACACAGAUAACAUCAAAGGCCAGCAGCUCAUCUAGCAUUGAGGCCCUUCAGAGACAGGCUAAGCUGCUUGAAGAUUCUAUUGUACCUGCUUUUGUCAUCAUUGUUCGUGCUGUCAGAAGUGACCGCAAACUGGGAUACCAGUUGGCAGCAUACUUGGAUAAGCCCAAUUUGAGAGCACAGCUCGUGCUUUCAUCCAUUUCUAAUGAUCAAUGGAAGCUGUGUGCUGAUGGUGUCCUGUCGAGCAAGCAUAAAGCCAGCGCUAGGGUUGGUUGGGGUUCAGAGUGCCAGGACUCUUCUGCAACUGUCAAGGCUGAGACUGGUCUGCAUGAGUCAAGCCCUGCUGCUCGUUUUCAACUGGACUGGGACAAAGCUCCAAGACUUGUAACCACUGCAGCAAUGAAUGCUAUAAGGAUUUGUGAAUACCUCCCAGUGCAAAUAGCAGCUCACCUGGCUGGAAUUGCUGUCAACAGAGCUGAAAACAAAGCAAACAGUGUUGGCAUAAUUAUAGCUCUACCAACUAAGAGGUCCGCGGACGUCAUUGUGAAAACUCCAAGGAUGACCGCUGCAAAGAUGGCUAUGCCUCUUCCUUUUGCCCUGCCUGUUGAAAAAGACGGAAGCAUUCCAGCUCUUCAGAAUUUGGACAUUCAAGACGCAAUUCAGAAACUGGACAUCCGUGCUGCUAUUCAGAACUUCGACGCUGCCGCUGCCGUGGAGAGAGCAAUGGAUGCUUUGACGAAAGUGCGGAAGGAGGAGACAUCCGCUGCUCAUGUAGAACUGAGUGACCAAAAGGGAGGGCGUUCGGACUGGAACCGAUGGAUUCCUGUGUCACGAAUGGCAAAUAAGAGUAAGGGAACACCUUCAUCCCAGUCCUUAUCGACCUCGGACCAGUAUGCUUUCAACAUGGUUUUAAAGAAUUUGGCUCGCCACUCCUUACCGGAGAAAUCAGAAUUCAAAGAGGGCACCAGUGGAUGGGGUGUCCUGCUAUCAGAGCUGUUAGAUCACUCAAGGUUCCACGUGUUCAAGAAACCUGACAGGAGGAAUCAGGACCGUUUGAGUUGA